AUGAAAUCUUACAAAGUCCUCUCCCUAGCCUCUAUCGUCCUUUCCCUGAUGCUCUUUCAUCAGAUCUGGGCUCAGUUUCCACGAGAGUGUGCCAAUAUUGAGGCUCUGAGAAGUGGAGUGUGUUGCCCAGACCUGUUCCCUUCCUCUGGACCGGGGACCGACCCUUGUGGCUCAUCAUCAGGAAGGGGCAGGUGUGUGGCUGUGACUGCAGACUCCCGACCCCACAGCCGCCAUUAUCCCCAUGAUGGUAGAGAUGACCGAGAAAACUGGCCUCUGAGGUUCUUUAAUAGAACAUGUCAGUGCAAUGGUAAUUUCUCAGGACACAACUGUGGGACUUGUCGUCCUGGGUGGAGAGGAGCUGCAUGCAACCAGAAAAUUCUCAUAGUCAGGAGAAACAUUCUCGACUUAAGUACAGAAGAAAAGAGCCACUUUGUCAGGGCCUUGGAUAUGGCGAAGCGCACAGCUCACCCUCAAUUUGUCAUUGCCACAAGGAGGUCAGAAGACAUACUGGGACCAGAUGGCAACACACUACAAUUUGAGAACAUUUCCAUUUACAACUAUUUUGUUUGGACACACUAUUAUUCAGUCAAAAAAACCUUCCUUGGGGCAGGACAGGAAAGCUUUGGUGAUGUGGAUUUCUCUCAUGAAGGACCCGCUUUCCUCACAUGGCACAGGUACCAUCUGCUGCAGCUGGAGAGAGACUUGCAGGAGAUGCUGCAGGAGCCUUCUUUCUCCCUUCCUUACUGGAAUUUUGCAACUGGGAAAAAUGUCUGUGAUAUCUGCACCGAUGACUUGAUGGGGUCCAGAAGCAACUUCGAUUCUACUCUUAUAAGCCCCAACUCUGUCUUUUCACAAUGGAGAGUGGUCUGUGAAGCCUUAGAAGAGUACGAUACCCUUGGGACACUUUGCAACAGCACUGAGGGUGGGCCAAUCAGGAGAAACCCAGCAGGAAAUGUAGCAAGACCAGCAGUGCAGCGUCUUCCUGCUCCACAGGAUAUCACUCAGUGCCUGGAAGUCCGUGUGUUUGACACACCUCCAUUUUAUUCCAAUUCUACAAAUAGUUUUCGAAAUACAGUGGAAGGUUACAGUGAUCCCACAGGAAAAUAUGACCCUGCUGUUCGAAGCCUUCACAACCUUGCCCACCUCUUCCUGAACGGAACAGGAGGACAAACCCAUUUGUCUCCCAACGAUCCUAUUUUUGUCCUCCUGCAUACUUUCACGGAUGCAGUCUUUGACGAAUGGCUAAGGAGGUAUAACGCCGAUAUUUCUACCUUCCCACUGGAAAAUGCUCCUAUUGGACAUAACAGGCAGUAUAACAUGGUACCAUUCUGGCCUCCAGUCACCAGCACAGAGAUGUUCGUCACUGCACCAGACAACCUGGGAUAUGCUUACGAAGUUCAGUGGCCAGGUCAAGAGUUUACUGUAUCGGAAAUCAUUACCAUUGCUGUAGUGACUGCGCUGUUACUUGUAGCUGCCAUAUUUGGGGGUGCUUCUUGUCUGAUCCGUUCUAGAAGAACCAAGAAUGAAGCCAACCAGCCUCUCCUCACUGAUCACUAUCAACGCUAUGCUGAGGAAUAUGAGGAACUCCCGAAUCCUAAUCAGUCCAUGGUCUGA